AUGGAAACGCGAUGCUGCGCCCUCAUUCUCAGUAGUACGAUUUCGCAGCUAGAUAACCGCAACACGCCCACAGUGGCGGGGCCUGCUGAAACUCGGUCGAGUGAUAGCAAGCACCCUCCGGAUGGAAUGAUGCCUGCACAAAUCGAAGGGGCUCGACGGUCUAGCCCACUGUGCUGGUUCCACGCAUUACAAGACAAGUUACAUGGCCGACGCAUCCGUGACUGUCUCAAAGCCGGAAUUAGAUACGAUUUGGGUUAG